GUAGUAGUAGUAGUAGUAGUAGAGGUAGUAGAAGAAGAAGAAGAUUGUGAUGAUUGUGAUGUUGGCGGAGGAGGUGGAGGAGAAGAAGAAGAAGCUGGAGCGUUAGUAAUUUAGUAAUCCGUGUUCCGGUGUCACCAAUGUUGAAUCCGUUGCAACUGAGGAGUGUGGAGAGAAUAGUGGUGUUGUAUAAAUUUGUGUAGUGCUUGAGUGUUUCUUUUUUUAUUAAUGUGAAGUGUACUUCAGCGGAAGCGUUCGGGAAAAUGGAACUUGAUAUAAACAAUCUUUGUAAUGCUUUGAACAUCUUGGUGAAACCAGCCGAUAAAGACAAUGUGACAGGAGAUUUACAUGAUAUUUUAGAACUCAACAUUAAUAAUGCUUUGAAAUCGCUCAAUAUAACUGAACAUGAUACGUAUGGUGUCCUGCAAACAGUCAGCUGUUCUUUUGCAGCAAACAGUGGUGUCAGGUGGCGGUUCGUAUGUGUGUCAUUAUAUAUUUUACUGUCACUGAAGAAAUGUUUAAGUGAAAAGGUGACAAAAUGCAAAGGAAAAGAGCAAGCAGAUCCUCAGCAGGCAGCUGCUGAUAUACUGAGCGUGAGUCAGCAGAAGACAAUCAGAACUUGUCUGCAGUUUGUAAUUUCUAUGGGUGUUCUGCCGAGCCUGUUGCCUGGUGUGGGCAUUUCUCUUGCAGCUCGGUCCACAAGCUCACACAAGUUGAAGGUUGAGGAGCUUGUUAUCCUGGAGAAGUAUGAACGUUUGUCUGGUGUGACACGAGGAUUGGUGGCCUGCUUUGAGCAGCCCUCUCUGCGAAGUUUGAUUCUGGUGCAACACCUUGGAGACCUGGUAGCAUCUCUGGCACAACUGAGCUUUGCCCCACUGAAGAAGCCUGUAGGAAGUGCUUCCUCAUCUUCCCCUACUGCUUCCAGUAGCAGCAAACAGGAUAACAAUGGGGAAGAAUUUGUGAUGACACCAGAGCUCUGGGGAAGGUUACAGGAGGAUCGGAGUUACUUCAAAAAAUGCUUCUUGUCCCUAAUAAAUAAAUUAUAUCAACCACUUAUAAUAAAGGAACUGAUUUUACUUCAUGGUUCAGCUAGAAGUAAGCAUGGGGUGCAGUCCUCCCCCCCAACUUGGCUGAAACGCUGCUGCAUCCCGCUCCUUGUUCAGUGUCUUAUUAGACCUGGUGGUGUGAGUGCAUUGGUGCGUGCCAUCUGUGACACCUCGUGUGACAUUGGUUUGGAUUGGAGCAAAUUGGACACUGUAGUGAAGGUUAUUCUAACUGUUCACGUUCAGCAUGCAGAACAGUACUACAAAAACAUUUGUACUCAGAUUGUUGAAUUGUUAAACAUGAGUGACAAAACGCAGUCACAGUUAUAUGUCACUGUGUCCCUGCUUUGCAUGAAGGCCCUGUGCUCAGAAAAGCCGCUGAUGUUUGAGCGUUACGUGUUGGAUGUACUGAUGAACCCUCUCUUAGUCUGCUGCAAUGUCAGCCAUCAUGGCCCAACUUUCUAUCGAGAAGUGCCACUGCUCUCACAGAAAGCUGCUGGCAGUUCUGCGUCACACUGUCUUGUUUCUGAAGAUGAAUUGUCAAGGAGUAUCAGCAAUCUUCACAAAUGCUUUGUUAGUGGCGUGUCUCCCUUGCCAUCAGAGCAUCUGUUUUCAGUGGCUUCUGUGCUGUUUCUUUUGCAUCUGAAGAUCUGUCAAAGUGCUACUCAUUUAAAAACGAAAGUUGAAGAACUGCUUCUGAAGUUCCUCUCAGGUUGUAACCAGAAACAGUUACAUACAGUUUUUAAUGCGUUUCUCUUUGGUGAUCAAGCAGAGGGGAUGCUUGAGAUGAGUGAGAGGGUGGAAUUUCAGUUUGGGUCAACAGGAGGUGUUGAAGUGAAGCUUAGGAAGGAUCCUAAGAAAGACUUGUGUUCUGAGUACGCUGGGGAUUGUAUUGUGGAGUUACUAGAGAAAGGAGACAAGAAGGGAGAUGUCACCAACAAUUUGUUUGUGUUCCUCUUGCGUCUUCUGUCUGAUCCAAAAUCUGACCUUGCACUGUUAGAAAGUGAGAGAAGUAAGUUAAAUAAUGAACUUCUAGAAUUGGAGGAUGCAGUCAUUUUAAAUAUUGUUGGACGAUCUGAAAGAAACGUUGUGGCUGUGAAACUUCUAGCUAUUUUAGCUGAAAAUCCUGCUGUUCAUGAAAAGCUUACGGAAGAUCCAACCCAUGUUAUCUUCUUUGUUCAGUAUCUAUUGGAAAGAGAUGCUAACCUUCUGACAAGGAAAGAUUUUGAGCACAGUGCUGAAGACCAUGACACUGAAAGUCUAUUUAUGAUCUUGAUGGUACUCAGUGUUGUGGUUAAUAAUGCCAGUACAAGACAUAUAAACUGGGAGCCCUUUAAACGACUUGUUGAACCACUGCGAGUGAUCCGUGAUAAUGUAACAAAUGAAGAAUUGAAAAUGUUUACUGAUGAAGUUUGCAACAAGAUUGUAACGCAUGGGGUUGUACAGCGAUCUGCUGUGCCACGAGCCUGCAGUAAUGCAGCACAAAGUUCUACUGCAAAUAAGCCCAAAAGUGAAAGGCAUGGAAAGAGUUCAUCAAAUAAUGAAGCACCUGCCACCAAACGUAACACUCCUCCCAACUCCAUUAAGGAGGAAGUCUCCUGUAUGAAGAGUAAUGCAUGUAGUAAAGGUCCGGUAAAGGUAGAAUCAAAGAGGGAGAGUCGGUGUAAACAAGCUCUCUUUGAUGUUUGUGACCCAUUGCUUCCUGUUAGAGGUCACGCAUUAAUCGAGCUUGCCAAACUCAUAUCAAGCAGUGAUAAAGAAGCCCAGCGGCAUCGAAACCAAAUUCUUCGUAUAUUUCAAGAGAACUUGAAGCACGAGGAUUCAUUUAUCUACUUGUCGUCUAUCAAUGGCUUGGCUGUAAUGGCAAAUGUGUUUCCCAAUACAGUAAUUAAAGCUCUUGUGGAGGAAUAUGAAGAGAUGAGAACAAGAAGGAAAGUGACAGAUAACAGCAGUUCAGCAGUACUGAAGAUGAAAGUGGGGGAAGUUCUUGUCCGUGUGACGAAGUUACUGGGAGAUCUCGUUCCACCAUACAAGGCGAUGCUGCUGAAUGCUUUCCUGGUUGGCACAAAAGAUUCUGAUCAUUUUGUAAGGGCAUCGAGCCUUUCCAACCUGGGAGAGGUUUGCAAAGCAUUAGGCUUCAGGAUUGGACCUGUUGUGACCGAAAUUCUUAUGUGUAUCCGUAGCAUUAUUCAGUCGGAUCCUGCACUGGAAGUUAGGAGAGCUGCUGUACUAGUCAUUUCACUUCUGUUGCAGGGAAUUGGUCAUGAUAAUCUGAAGGUCGUAGAAGAUAUUCUGCUGGAUUUAUACAGGACUCUGAAAACACUGUAUCAGCAUGAAGAAGAUGAUAUUAUGAGAAUUCAUGUUCAGCUGGCAUUGGAGGACUUGAAUAAAUCUGUCAUCAAAUUCUUGUUUCCGCAACCCAAGCUGGAGAAGAGAAUAUAUGUGAUAGAUCCUCCAGAAUCAUAGAUUCUGCACAGUAUAGUGUUGGAGAUUGAUUCUCAUGUAAAUGUGAUUUAUGUAACUAAAGAUUAUUUGUUUUGUGAACCAGUGUUGGGUUGAGAAUUAUCUAGAUAAUGUCGAUGCUUAAUUAGAAAUGUACGUAGGAUUACCAGUUUCCCCAUGCCAAAGAUUCUUUCAGUCUCUUUCAGCCAGCCACAGCGAUUUCUGCUGACUGAAUGCUGUUUACCCGAAUUCUUGUCUGCCAUUU